AUUCCCGUCGUAACUUAUAAGGGAAACUUACACAAUGUCCGGAGCCCUCGAUGUCCUGCAGAUGAAGGAGGAGGAUGUCCUCAAGUUCCUUGCAGCAGGAACCCACCUAGGUGGCACCAACCUUGACUUCCAGAUGGAGCAGUACAUCUACAAGAGGAAAAGUGAUGGUAUCUACAUCAUCAAUCUGAAGAGGACGUGGGAGAAGCUGUUGCUGGCAGCCCGGGCCAUCGUUGCCAUUGAGAACCCCGCUGAUGUCAGCGUCAUCUCCUCCAGGAACACUGGGCAGCGAGCUGUGCUGAAGUUUGCUGCUGCCACCGGAGCCACUCCAAUUGCUGGCCGUUUCACUCCUGGGACCUUCACCAACCAGAUCCAAGCAGCCUUCCGGGAGCCACGGCUUCUAGUGGUCACUGACCCCAGGGCUGACCACCAGCCCCUCACUGAGGCGUCUUAUGUCAACCUGCCCACCAUUGCUCUGUGUAACACAGACUCUCCUCUCCGCUACGUGGACAUUGCCAUUCCGUGCAACAACAAGGGAGCUCACUCGGUGGGUCUGAUGUGGUGGAUGCUGGCCCGGGAAGU